GUAAUACGCUUCGGUCUACGUCGCAUAUUUUCGACGAAUACUCGGCAUAUCCAACGCCACUGCUGCUAGCCAAACAUAGGCGGCUGCGGGUCUUGCGACGUAAGGAGAGUGGUCGGAAUCGCGCUUCCGACCGCCAUGAUUGUGACGCGCACUCGUGUUUAGUGUUCGUUCAGUGACGACCGCCCAGAAAUUUUGACGUGGCUACUACGUAUACCCAGUUCACCCACUCCGAUUGCAGCAAACUUGUGACGAGGAAUACGUAAGUGGUGUGGAGGACCCUAAAGGAUGGAUGUGAUUGAGGAAAAUGGUGAUCCAUUGUCUACGGAACCAGAGAGCCCUAUAGCAUCUUCGGUUCAGAGUGUUAUUCAACCCAAUCAGCAGUCGGUCAUACAGACGGCGGCCAAUAUCCAGCCUAUGCUCAGCAAAGGGAACGUCAUCCUAGUCACUAGCAAACCAAAUUCUGUCAUACAGACGACGCAAGGAAGCCUACAAACUCUAAGGGUAAGUACGGGAAAUUUUUUUUCUUUUCCUUCCCCAAUAAACCGAAGGGACCUGCUGACGCGGAGGCCAUCUUACAGGAAGAUACUCAACGAUCUUGGCGGGGGUGAGAUAGCUGAGCCCAAGGUCGAGCAGACUUCAUCGGAAGCAGACAGUGAGUUGUCCUCACACGCUAUCCCAUACCACACAGUGUUACCAGCCACAGCUAUACAAAUAUCGAGCGGGGAAGGUGGACAGGGCAUCCAUACCCUUACGAUGACAAAUGCCACAGCGGGUGGCGCAAUUGUACAGUACUCUCCAGGACAGGAAUUCUUUGUGCCUGUUGUAGCCCAAGGAGGCAACCUCAGUUCGGGCGGCAACGAAGACCAAGCGAGGAAGCGCGAAAUGCGACUGCUCAAGAACAGAGAGGCGGCCAGGGAGUGCCGGCGAAAGAAGAAAGAGUACAUCAAGUGUCUGGAGAACAGGGUGGCGGUGUUGGAGAACCAAAACAAGGCGCUCAUCGACGAAUUGAAAACGUUGAAAGAGCUGUACUGUCAGCAGAAAACGGAAUGAGGGUGUCGAUUCUUCGUUCAUUUUUUUAAAUCGGUGACGGACGUCUUAAACGUCGGCGGGAUGUUUACCAGGUUGUAUGGAUUAACAGUAAUGUAGAUCUAAAAAAAAACGAAAGAUAUCGGUGCAAUUUUUUAUCGAAGAUAGAUAGGCGAGAUCUUGACGUCUUCAAUUUUUAUAGAAAAUUAUGACACAUUAAAUUGAGCCCAAGCAUGGAACAGAACAUCUAAAAACCCUUUAAACUGUUUAAAAUUAUUAUAAAAAAAAAUGUUGAUUCGUGUAUUUUUACUAAAACUUUAUCCUUGGAGACGAUUGAAUGUUCUGUUGCGUAUUUGGGCAUAUCUUUAGUCACGUAAGGAGAUUGGAUACUAAUGGUUUCAUUGACUUCUCAGUUGUUGAAACUUUAAAACUUUUUAUAAAACUUGUCUUGAGAAACUAACUUUUGGAUUUUAUAAAUACGAAGAAAAAUGUUGAACCUACAAAGAAAGUAGGAUUUUUUUGGCUUUGUAUUCAAUGUAAUCAGAAAGUUUUAUGAUCAAGCGUGCUUUUUAGGAUGACAGAUAAAAAUCUUAUGUGAGAUUUUAUUAAAAACGCCUUGAACAUAUAACUUUUUGAUUGCACGGUAUUUAGUACUAUACAUAGUACUGAUAGAUUUAAUUUCACUUAAGUGAUCUAAAUCAGUCUAUUUUGCAUUCAGAUGGGUUAUAGGUGCUUUCAGAGUAGCAAUUCUUAAAAUUUUAAGAAUAAAUGCAAAAAAAUAUGAACUUUCAUAGAAAAAAAAA